UUCUGCAGACACAAAUCACUCUUUCUUAAACCCUAGGUUUUCUAAUCUCUCUCUAAAAAUUUCGAUCGGGAUUCUAAUGGAUCUUUUCAACAGUCUACCGGAAGAGAUUACAUUGGAAAUUAUCAGUCGAUUACCAGCUGAAGAUGUUCUGGAAUGCAAAUUAGUUUGCACGAAUUGGAGAAGUCUUGUUGGCAAUCCAUUAUUCUUCAAGAUGCAUUUACAUCAUGUUAAUCAUCCUGUGGCUGAUUCUGGUAAGUUAGGUUUCAUUGCUACGAGUUAUAUUGAUCCGAGCAAUAGUUUCAAUUUACAGUAUCUUGAAUUUAAUGAGAAUCAUGAAUCCAUUGAGAGAAUUACAAGGGUUAAUUACAAGCCUCCGUUUGGCUACGAGACUAGAUUUGCUGGCCUGUGUGAUGGUUUAAUAUGUCUUUAUCGCUACAAAUACCCAGGAAUAACUUACAUUUGUAACCCCAUCACCAGAGAGUACAUUAUGCUUCCAGAAAUUAACACAGUUGAAAUGGGUCUUUAUUUUCUUCCAAAUAUUAUGAGCACCAAAAUGGAUUUUGGUUAUGUUUCUUCUACCAAUGAGUACAAAGUUGUAGCAGUAAUACCGUUUUACAAGACUGAGUUCAUAGAAGUUUGUGUAUACACUCUAGGGAGUGGAAAUGGAUGGAGAAACAUUGGAAAGUUUGAUUUUGGAACCAGCGAAUAUUGGAGAGAAGGUGUAUUUGUCAAUGGAGCUCUUUAUUGGAUGGACAGUCAUUCAGACAAGCUUGUGACCUUCGAUUUGGCUGAGGAAAAAUUUUCUCAUCUUUCACCACCUCCUUUGCCAUCACGAUAUGAGGAAUAUCGACUAAGGGUUUUGGAUGGGUGUUUGUCUUUUGCUAGUUAUGGACAAAUCAAUGGAGCUGAAUAUUGGGACGUGUGGCUAUUGAAAACUAAGGAUGAUAGUCAUUGCAUGAAAGAGCGAGAUGGACAUCAGUCAAUGGGCUGGAGGAAAGAGUUUAGGGUCUUUGACAUUGAAGAGCCUAGGCUUUCUAACAGUGGGAGUGACAGUGAAGAAGAAUUUAGGCUUUUUAACAGCGAUAUCUUUGCUGUUACCAAGAGUUACGAUGUCUUACUCUUAAUUCACCAUGAUAACCAUAUCAACAUUCACAACCCAAAAGCAUCAACCUCAAAAAGUAUUGUGGAUUUUAAAGAAAAUCUUGGUAUGGUAUAUCCUCACAAGAACACUUUAGUUUCGUUGAAAGAAUUAGAGAAAGAAGAUACGAAGAUGAUGGACUCAGUUGAAAUUGAGGAGACAGAAAGCCAUGCUCAACCUUUCAACCAGCUGUUGGAAGAUGAGACCCUGGAUGAGAACAUUUUGGUGGAGUAUUUCUUCAAUUCAGUUUCGUUGGAAGAAUUAGGGGAAGAAGAUAUGAAGAUGAUGGACUCAGUUGAAAUUGAGGAGACAGAAAGCCAUGAUCAGCCUUUUAACCAGCUGUAGGAGCAUGAGACCCUUGAUACCUGCUUAAAAUCUGAUUUCACAGAAACACCUCAUCAGUUUGACAAGGUUAUUUAGCAGAGAUUUCCCCAAGAGGAAGGUUGAAUUGGCGAAUCUAGGAGUGUCUGUGGCCAGGGAAGGUUGAAUUGGCGAACACUGGUAGAUAAGAGUUGUUCUUGUUAACUUAAGAGGCAUAACUUAUGGCAUUUAGGAAGGGGUACUUGAUACCUAUAGAGUUUGCUAAGAAUCCUUAUUCUUAUAAUUUUGUUUGUGAACUGUUAGAUUCUAAUAAUGAGCUGUUAUAGGCACAGCAAGUUUCAUGAUUAAGAAAGACUUGAUUUUGGCAACUUGGCUGUCAAGUCUCCUUAGACAGACUUAUGAGUGAAAAACAAGACCUGGAGGGACAAAUACU